AUGGGGCGAUGUCCAUGUUGCAACGGAAAGGAAGUGAAGAAGGGUCCAUGGAGUCCAGAAGAGGACCACAAACUCAUGUACUACAUAAAUAAGCAGGGUCAUGGUAACUGGCGUAAUGUUCCAAAGCAAGCAGGAUUACUGAGAUGUGGGAAGAGCUGUAGGUUGCGCUGGACCAACUAUUUGCAGCCAAACAUAAAGCGAGAAAGUUUUUCCCCCGAAGAAGACCAAAUAAUACUACGAUACCAUGACAGGCUCGGAAACAAGUGGUCAGAAAUAGCGAAGAACUUGCCAGGACGAACAGACAAUGAUAUAAAGAACCACUGGAAUGCCAGACUGAAGAAAAGACUGAGACUAGGAAGCACAACGACAUACAAGCUAUUAGUGCCUCCAUUUAUAUCUUCAUACCUUGCCCGUUUAGAGGCUGAAGCAAGGAUAGCCAGAAACUUACUAAGUCUUGCUGUCAAUGGAAAUAUUCACCCGGACCUUAAUUUACUAAGGUCUCAUGAGAUGGUAACGAGUUCUAUUGUUUCAACUACUGUUGACCAUCAACUACAAUUAUAUAAAUGUAAUGGAUUUGAUAAGCAUUUUAUCAGAAAAGAUCAAUUCAUCCCUUCUUCAAACAAAUUCAAUGCUGAAAUACUUAAUCCGAUUGCUGGUAAUAAUUUUCUGCCAACAGAACAUAACCAUGUGGAUUCCAUGUUGGGUUUGGUAUCAAGUACACACAGUGGAACUCAUGAAGCAUCCCAUAAUUCACCUCCUCCUAUGCUGAACAUCAACACGAAUGGAUCAUCAAUUUCACAAGAGUUUUGCCUCGAUUUUAUAGAAUUUCCAGAGAAUUCCCACGAAAUGAUAGAAUCCCAAACAUCCACAAAUUUCUUGAAUAUAGAGGAUGUCAAAGGCUAUUGGACAAAUAUGCUAGAAUUAUCAGAUAAUAAUUGA